UUCUCGCAACCUCCAGGGAGAAUGUACUUCAAUGCGGUUUACUACCCCAAUUGGCGGAUAUACCGCAACCAGCCACCUGCGUCACUCAACUUCGACGUUAUCUCCCACGUCUUCUAUGCUUUUGCUUGGGUAAAGCCAGACGGCACGGUAUAUCUUAGCGAUGAAUGGGCAGAUUCCCAGAUCCAGGUGCCCGGCGCGGAGGGCAUCCCAGAAACCACGGGGUGUCUGAACUCGUUUGCCCUCAUCAAAAAGAGGUACAACCGUCUCCGAGUCGUCUUAUCUGUGGGUGGAGGCGGCAAGGGAAGUGAGCCGUUCGCUGAAGUUGCCCGCCACUCGACUAGCCGUGACCGGUUUGCACAAACGGCAUUGGCAUUGGUGCAGCAAUUCGGAAUCGACGGCAUCGACAUCGACUGGGAACACCCCUCAGAUGCACAACAAGGCGCAGACUACAUCCAGCUGCUGGCCACUCUCAGAGCGUAUCUACCCGGACCCCAAUACACGCUGACAUCGGCGCUGCCCGCCGGCGAAUGGGCUCUUCAGCACAUCAAUCUUGCCCACGCGGCCCAUUAUCUGGACAUGAUCAACUUGAUGUCGUACGAUUUCUCGGGAUCAUGGGUGAAGAAGUGCGGACAUCAUGCACAACUCUACACUCCACAGGUGCCGCAUUCCCCGGAUGCGGCAAUCUCCUGUCAUUCGGCUGUGUCGUACAUGGUACGGCAGGGUGUCCCGCAGAAUAAGAUUCUUUUGGGCGUGCCUGCAUAUGGACGCUCGUUCACUGGGACUAAAGGCAUCGGACACUCGUACAAUGGUCAUGCAGGAGAGGAGGGCACAUUUGAGUACCAAGACCUGCCUCGACCAGGCGCGACGGAGUACGUAGACGAGCAGAUUGGUGCAGCGUACUGCGUGGGCGGGGAUGGAGGGUUCGUUACCUACGACACCCCGCGUACGGUCCAGAUGAAAGCAGGAUAUGUGCGGCAAAAUGGACUGGCUGGUCUGUUCUAUUGGACGGGAACUGGAGAUGUGAGUGGGCAUACAAGGAAGGACAGGAGCUUGGUGUAUAACGGGUUCUUGGGGCUAUUUCCGCAAUAGAGUACCUGAGUUAGCUGGGGCGCAGCAGGAUUCAAAGCGCAUCUAUAGCAAGAAGGUGGAAGAACACGG